AUGGCCUCGACCUUGAAUUCGAAUAACUCAUCCAUUGAAAGAGAUACUGCAGAGCUGAGGAGGGCACUGGCGACUAGCCCGUCAUUAGAUAAUAAUGUGCAACUAUCUGCAAUUCCCCCUAUCCUUUGUUACUGCUUUGCUUCAAUCCUGAUGACCGUCGUCAACAAAUUCGUCGUGUCAGGGGCAAACUUCUCAAUGAAUUUCCUUCUCCUGUGUAUACAAUCGUCAGUAUGUAUAGCUUGCGUUACGACGGUGAAGAAAUUAGGCAUCAUCUCGUUUCGAGCUUUUGAUUGGCAAGACGCCAAGACAUGGUUUCCUAUUAGCUUCAUGCUUGCAAUGGUGAUAUACACGGGUUCAAAAAGUUUACAAUUCCUGAGUAUUCCGGUAUACACUAUCUUCAAGAACUUGACGAUUAUAUUGAUUGCCUAUGGAGAAGUUGUAUGGUUUGGAGGCAGAGUUACCGGGCUUACCUUUGUGUCCUUCAUCUUCAUGGUUUUCUCCUCUGUCAUCGCAGCUUGGUCUGACGUCUCGAAUGCCAUGAACGAUGCGAUACCAACAGCUGGAAUGGGGUCUAUACACGACGUAAAGGAUGUUGUACAGAAGCUGAACAUCGGUUACUUUUGGAUGCUCGUCAACUGUCUAACGAGCGCUGCCUAUGUACUCACAAUGCGUAAACGGAUUAAAGUUACAGGCUUCUCGGACUGGGAUUCGAUGUUCUACUCCAAUCUCCUUUCAAUACCUGUCCUUGCCCUCUUCUCAAUCGUAGUGGAAGAUUGGGGUACUGAAAACUUGAAUCGCAACUUUCCCGCAGAGACCCGGAGUUUCCUCUUCAUGGCAAUAGCGUUCUCGGGAGCAGCGGCGGUUGGAAUUUCGUACACCACUGCCUGGUGCGUUCGAGUGACUAGCAGCACAACGUACAGCAUGGUUGGUGCGCUCAAUAAACUGCCUGUUGCAGCGUCCGGGAUGCUGUUUUUUGGCGAUGCAGUCACUUUUGGUUCAGUUUCUGCAAUUAGUGUGGGAUUUUUUGCCGGCUUGCUUUACGCAGUGGCCAAAAACAAUCAAAAGAAGGCAGAAAGUCGGAUGCACUCUGAAGGAAUCAUACCUCUGACCAGUCGGAAACCAUAAACUCCACAUAAUAUUUACCACCAGCUGUAACUGUGUGGACUUAGAUGAUAAAAUGAUAGUUCUUUGACCAUAAUGCCCAUGUAAUACCCCGCACUAAAUCCAAUUUGCGUGCGGCGACGGCAACUGCCAA